AAGUGACGCCCCAGUAUCAAAACUCAAGGAGGAGCGAGCAGUGAGCAGACGUUGACUUUUAUUCCACUUCUGGAAGGACGACGUAUGCGUAACUAACUAAGAGAGAAAUUAGAAUAAGAUCCGUUCUUGCAAGCUGCCAGUCAGCACAUGACCGCCCCAAUUUCUGCUCGUCGUUCCAGCAACAUGUUGCUACGCACUUUCGUGAGUGUAGCAGCAACUCAGCUGCUCACCAUUGCUCCGACACCCAGCGCCGCGACGAAAUAUCACAGGAAAAAGUGUUAACGUUUGCGGAAUUUGUGAUGCGGCAAUGCAUUACAAAACGUGCCCAAAUUUGUCAUGCAUAGCAUGCAUACUAGGCUAGAUUUGUAAUACAUGGCUGCAAUCUGUGAAAACCGUAAACGUUGACAUUUUUUCUUGUGAUACGAAAAUGAUUCCGAUCAUGCUUCCUGCAAAGAAGGUGACCUGCCCCGAAAUCGAAGUCGGGAAUUUUUGCGGUGGGACGAGUCGGGAGCAAACUCCGACCUAUGCCGCUUACCAGAGCGACCAAAGUACAGCCGCAUCUCCUUAUGGAGGACACAGCCCAGGAGGAAGUUUUGGAUUCAAUGUCGGCAACAUGUCGCCCAACGGCGCAGGAGCUGCAGGAAGUCCGUCGAACUUUCAGUUUACGGCUGGCGGCGCAGUCAGUCCUUCCUGGCAGAUCGGCGUCAAGUCAAUGCUCGCGCGCGGCGGCAGCGCGCCUCCCGUAGUGCAGCGCGGCAGAUCGGCGGGCGAGGUCGCGUUUACUGGCGCAAACAGUCAGCAGCAAGGAAGUGCUGCGGCGCGCUCUGGUUCGGUGCCGUUGCUGAAUUGCUGUGGAGGCGGGGGGAACAACAGGGUGUAUAAACGCCCGGCUGUGCCAAGUGUUGAACCCACGGCGAGGGCGCAGAGCAUGUCAGACAUGCCAAAGCAGAUGCUGCACUACAUGAAAGAUCAGUACUACAAGACCUCGUUCGGACGCGAGAACCCCAUCACAGAUUACGUCGAUUUUACCAACAGCGUCUUCCUCGGCCGCGGCACGUCCGCGGUGGUGGUAUCCGGCACCCUGAAACGGACCGGCGCACCGGUCGCCGUGAAGCGGUUUCCGAAGCGCAAGGACAAGAACAGUUUUGUCACGUGGACCGACUACUUGCAGGGAGAGCGCAGGUUCGAGAUCGACCGGGCCCGGGACGAGUGCGAGUGGGCGCAAAAGAUACAGGAGGUCGCCGGAAAAACCAGGUUGUACAAGGGUAUUACCUUCACGAUUUUUCUGUUUCGUUAAUAACAGGUCUUCCAAUUGUAAGUACGUCUACUACUUCUCCAUGUACUGACCUUUACAACCUGUACAGCACAAGCUCAAGCAUGCACUUACAGAUGCGUGCCAGAUCUGUGCCCCCUUUGCUUCUAAAUGUGAUAGAGAUAGUGAUUAUACCAUGCAGGGUGAAGUUUUGCAGGACGGUGCACUGGUUUGUAUCUUUCUUGUUUUCGCUUUCGGUGAUUCAUAAAAAAAUCUAUAACCGCGCAAACGAUCUUCAGUUUCAACCUGAAAAGAUCCAAAAAUCAUUUUCCGGGGGCGUCACCCCGGGAAAUAAAUUUUAGAUUUUUUUAUGUAAGAAUGUAGUGAAAAAUCAAUUUGAUAUGGUGGGACAAACCUUCACCCUUUCCUCAUUUUAUAAGUGAACCACUACCCUUUGCAUUACUAUUAAUUUUUAUAAUUAUGAUAAUUGCAAUUCUGCAUUCGGUCUGGUGGCAGCUCCAUUUCUUCCGCUUUCGUCCUCGUUUUUAUCCGUUCACCUUCGUCGAUCUCGAUAGCAAGAGAAGAAAUUGCUAUUCAUUUUGCAUCGUUGUGUUCUCGUUUCGUCAUCGGUUUUUUUUCGUCACAGCCAUCGAAUCGUUGAACGGGACGGAGAUGGCGCGAAACGGAUUGGAUGAAGGCGAUGAUGGGCAACCGCACCUGAAAGAUGCUUGAGGUUUUGUUUUUGAUGAGAAAGCACUUAUUUUCAUUUUGACCGCAAGGCGAAUCGAGCCGAAAGACACGCACUGAAAUCAAAUUGAAGCUGAAGACGAAAAGUGAAAAAGAAAAUGAAAAACAAAAAGCAAAAUGAAAAAUAGUACGAUGCCGAACAGACGCAAGGCAGUCACAGGCUGGCCGUAUCUGUCGAGCGUGUCGAAAACCUUCACCGCUCCGCCCACAUCCGCCGUGUUCUCCAUCGUUGUUCAUUUUGCUGUGGAAGCUGCCUGUUGGAUUUUUGUAGUCAGCCUUGCUGCACUUGGCCAAAGUGUCGGCUUUUGUUUUGGGUCGGAACUAAGAACCAGCUAGCACCUGUGGUUCACAUCUUCGGAGUCUUACUCUUAAUCGUUUUUGUUUUUCCACCUUCGUGCUCAGCUCCAAAGUAAAAGUUUAAGGCAUUGUCGAGUUUCAAUUUUAGCACAGAGAAAAUCUAGAAAGUAGAAGCAGUUUUUUUGUCAUCGUCUUAUCGAAAGUCAAAGUCUAAGUCGAGAGUUAUUCUGGUUUACCUCGUGCUCGUGGGUCGUGGUCGGAGUGUCGUCAGUUCGUUGUGGGAAAGUAGAUCAUGAGUUGCUCGCAGGAUAUCGGGAUGGGGUCGCGGCCGUGAGUUGUAGAGUUGUAUCGUGGUCGUGCUUUUUGUUUUCGGUCUUAUUUGCUCGCUCGCGUUAGGACCUUGACCUUGAGCUUGACCUUCACCUUGACCUUCGGCCUCGACAUCGAACAGCGCGCACUAGUACGGGCCCAGAAUUAGAAAUAGCACUACAGUACUAGCAGCAGUCUAUCUUUUCUGUUUUUCAUUUUCUUCUUCUCACCCUGACAACUGAGGAUGAGUUUCAUACAUCCGCGAGUCUAGCUCUAGACUUUUAGUUCGAUCACAGAUUUUGAUUUACGUUUACGUUUAGACCUGCAAAAGCGUUUACAGUUUUAACCCAAGAAAAAGCAAAGUAAAAACAUCAUGCCGCCCUCUCCGCAGUAUGGCGAGGAUGUGCUGUCAACUUCUGGGGCGAGGUUUGCGCAUCUCCAGAAGCUGCUUGUUUUCUAUCAUCCUACUGCUCCGCAAUCCGCCGUCGAAGUUGGGAUCGAAGUUGGGUCGAAGGUCGGGAAGGGACAACCUGGAAAACCAAAAACGAAAACGAGCAGAGACGGUGACAAGGCUGCAGGAUCAGAAAGCGAAGAUGCGGCAGUUCCGAAGAAGGACGCGUUGCGAAAACGGUACGACGUGUGGAUCAACGAAAGUCCCGCGUUGCGGUGGGAGGACUUCGCUCGGAUUCAGUGCAAAAAAUUUGGAGCACCGUAUUCCCGCGAAGAAGAAAACCAAAGCCAGGGCGAAGGCCUACUCUCUCAGCGCGUAGGCCCGGAUGCGGAACAACAACAAUCACAGCAACAAAAACAAGCACCUACUGGCACUGCUGCAAAUGUUUCUUCUUUUGGCGCAGCGAUGAGCCCGUCGGUGCAGAUCGCCGCCCAAUCAUCGCGAGACAACUAUCUGCGAAAGCUGCAAGACGACCGGCCCAAGGAGCACCUGUGGUACACUUUGGGAAAAAGCGGCGGCACGGCGCGAGCGCGGAACAAGACGGUGCAAAUCACCCGCGACGCGAGCGCGCACAGUCGCCACACGAAGACGACCCAAGGUGCCAAACUGCGGGUCGUGCAUGGAAAAGCAAAGCCAUCUUCUUCAAAUACGCGAGCACUGUGUCCGCGACGGAAGAAGCAGGUCGUGGCUCAGCGGCGACGUGGAGAUCUCGGGCCACUGGAUGAGGAAGACGACCUGUUGGAAGACGACAACCCGAAUCCGCCACCACGAAAAGAUCCGGACGAGAUGACGGACUGUUUGACCGAAAUUUCUGAAACGGACACGUCGUGCAUCGAGUCCAGCAGUGACGAAGGCGAGGACAACAGCAUUCAGACUGAUGGGGAUACAAGGCUGCACAACAAGCGGAGCGCUUUGUUUUCCGAUGGUGUUCGGAUCGCGGCGGGUGGAUGGUCGGAAGACAAAGCGAAGAAAACCGCCAUCAAAGAAGAAAAAGCAAAGGUGACCGAGGAUGGGAACGAUCGCAAAGAGGCUUCGAGAGCGGAGUUGCGGUUUUUCGACAUCGCGCGGAUCUCCGGCCGUGCCCGCAUGAUGUCGCUUCUCGUCUCUACCGGCGUGGUUGCUGAUGAUCGAGAACCGCGUCCAUCCAAAAAAAAAAAUGAUACAAACGAGUCGCAGGAAACAACAGGCUCCGGGAAGACAGCAACUUCUUCAACAUCUUCAUCCGCAAGAGCGAAGCUCGGCUUCGCAGGGCGGGCAGCUGCAAUGAAGCUGGAUCUGGUGAGCAGUGGGUCUGACGUCGAUGAUGAACCUGUGUCGCAGAUGGACUUGGACAUCGGCGGUUCGCUCGCAGUUAUUCCCGAAGAUGAGGAGGGCGUCUUUCUCGACCCGAGUACCGGGUUGGAGAAAAAUGCAGACGGGUUUCGCAGCGUGACGAAGGACCGGAUCGCGAAAAUGAAAACCAAAGGAGCCAACAACAAGCAGGGCAGCUCGAGUUCCUCCGGAUCCGGUCCACUGAAGCUGGACCCUGUCACGGGGUUGCCGCUGUCUUCCACGGGAAAACGGCCGCGAAGCAACACUAUUGAAACGUUGCUACCGCCAUUAGGUACUUGUGCUUCUAUCUUCAGCCUCUUCCUGUUUUUGGAUUUGCAUUUGAUCUACCACUAAGUCGAACUCUAGCAAGCAACGCGCGCAAGUAUCGUCUAAGAUCGACGCUGACACUUUUGCGCAUGACAGAUUGGGUUUUCAACUUUAUGCUUUUCGAAAGCGACUUGCUUUCGGUUUUGAAUUUGAUUUUGAAAUACAUAAAGUUGAAUCAAACCCAUCGAGCUUUAGAUUUUGUUUUUUGAAAAGCAAAAAUGUGAAGAUGAAAACGACAUCGGUUUCGACUUUGACGCUGCAACGGCUUUUCAAAAACAAAACAAAAACAGAAGAAGACGAACACGAACCCACUAGCAGCCUGUUUGCUGGAAAGAGCGGAGCUGCAUCUGCGGGGCAGGUGCAGACCCGCAGCGUGUUCAUGUUGAAUCCGGAGAAUCUCGCGCGGGCGGAUGCAGCGUCGGGCUUAGGCGGUAGCUUCGGGUCUUCUUCAUCCUCGCGAGCUGCGGGGGAAGAUCUGCAGGCGACUAUGAGCGACAUGUUCCGCAAUGCCCGGGAAACAACUAGCAUCUUCGGCGACGCGGUGACGAUGGACGACACGGCGUUGAAGUCUGCGGGCCCGACCGGAGAACUGACAAAAAGCGGGUACCAGUAUGGGCCGGGGGUCAAAGAAGAUCUCGGACAAAAGGAAAAAAGACCAAGAAUCGCGAUCAGGUGCAGUCCCGAUGCGACUCCAUACGACGAGAUCAAAGCCAUGAAUUGUUUCGCGACUUUGUUCAAGAGCGACUUCCGCGACCCGAUGAUCGUGUACAGCCACGACGUCGCUCUGCCGACAAUCUCCACGGCAUCGGGCGCGGAAAGUUUUCUGCAGGACCUGUACGAGGCUGCUUUCUCGGUGGGUUUUCCGUUGCCGGGAAUGUGGUCGAAACUUUGCAGGCUGGGAGGGAAAAUUUUGAAGUUUCGCCCGUCGUUAGUAGUUACUAGUGACAGUGGGUCGGACGUGAAGAAGGGGGUGAAGAUGAUGAUGCAGUGGUGCGAGGCGCAGCGGAAGUACGACGCGGAGGAAAAAGAUGGCGAGCCGCAUUGGACAGUGUCGUGGUUGCAGUGUCAGCUCCACUUGGCGCACAUCAUAGGCGGAACAAUCACCAGCGUAGCGUCGAAGUUGUUCAGUCUGGACUAUCGCAAAAGCGUUGCCGCGGUUUCCAAAACUGUGAACUUGUGGACUGCACCGAGGAGAACAGGGAACGACCGCGGAGGGAGAGGAAAGAAAACAAUUGAGGAGCUGAAGAAGGAGUUGUACGCCGUCGAUGCAGAGCAGCAAAAACUCCUGGACGGGAUGACAGCGAUUGACCGAGAAAUCUGGCACAGCGAGCGGAUUCAGAGCGACCCGGUCUUGCAAGAAAAGCAGGCGAAGCUGGAAGAAAAAGUGGAGAAAAAGAAAAACCCGGUGAAACGAGUGAAGUCCUUCGUCCGCACCCGGUGGCUGAGUAUCGGAAAGUGCAUCAAAGGUCUUUGGACACAGCAGGAGGAAAUCACAGCACGCAUCCUGGACCGGACUGAUAAGGAUUUGCAGGAUAAGAACCGAAAAUUUUUGCAGCGGGCGAAGAAGGCGAUGCUGGCGCCGCUGUGGUGGUCGGGUCUGCGGAUUCUCCACCUGCUGCUCACCGAAAUUGACCGGGUUGCUGGUGUUGUCAUGCAUUCGACCAGCAAGGAGAUGGACGGCGCCUCGGUGGAAGCGUUCGCCAAACAUCUUCCCAGAUGCCACUCCGUCGACUUGUGCCAGCGUGUCGGGGAGUUUUUGGUUACGCUCGGUGGGCUGGUCUAUCGCGGCCUCGAAACAGUCGGUCUUGCGGGUCCUUUAGUCAUUUUGUUUUAUACAUUGGCUAAAGAGCUCGACAUCCGCCACCGCCCGCUCCGCUCGUGGCCGUACCGACUUGCGUUUUUAUUUUCUGCGGACCAGAGCGAACGGCUGAAGACCAUUCAGGACCUGUUGAAGGAUUGCGAGAGCGAAGCUGGUAGGAAGGACCUGCCGCUGGAGGUUCGGGAUUUGUAUCGGCUUUUCCAUCUGGAGCUGAAAAUGGUUGCGGAAUCGCUCAAGAAGAAGAAGAACAUCGGGCGGAGCCGGGCCUUCGUUCGAAACUUAGCGCCGAUUAUUCGGGCGUUUUUGGCUUCGAGCCAAAUCGCCGAAUCCCUGAGCUCCACUACCAGCUGGAUCAAGCGAGAAGCUGGCGGUUUAAUCGGAAUGCUUCUUGCUUCUGCGCGUUUGUUUACGCGCCGCGGAGCAGGGCGGGACGUCGACUUCGAACAGUAUCUCUUCGUUGAGGACAACGCCCGAUGCCAGAAAGCAACGAUGCAAAUCCGAAAGGAGUUGCUAACCCACGGGAUACACGGCGCGCCGCAGAUCAGUGAUAGGUCGGAUCACUUUCUGCGGAACCCAAUAAACCCGCAACUCACGCCGGAAGCGAUUGUUGCGGAUUUUUUUGAAGUUUUGAACCGGCCGGACUGCCCGGAGGCGCCGAAGUUGGCCACAGGCGACAAAGCAAAAGGGAAAACUAGGGAAAGGCAGCAGUACGGCGCAGCGCCGCUGAGCAUGAAACUCUUUCAGUUUUCGGUUAUGGACAUCAUCGGCAUCCCCAAGUACGACAAAAACAACAACGCGAGAAAAGGAGCGGGCGCAUCAAACUACUUCGUGUUGGAGAAAUUGAAGAAAGACGCGGUGCUGUGCGAGGUGAACAUCGUGCAAGGCGGGAUGAAGGAGAAGGGUCACGAGGUGAGAAUGGAAAUUGACCUCGACGCCCAGUGCUGGUUCUCGGACGCUAUUGGCGCGCGGAAAGAAGACCAUCCCUCCAAGGCAGCAAAAAAAAACUUCAAAAACAAAAACCCGGAACUGCGCCCGGUGGUACUUGAUGGCCAAAACGUGCUGAAGUACUUUCACAUCGACACCAAGCAGCGGCGGAAGUACUUCCAGGUUCGACAGACGGAGGAAUCUUAUGUGGAGUUUUAUUUUCAGCACCGGGUGCGGGCCGAUGGAACACCGGAUCCAAAUCCGACGGCCUAUCCGGGAAACGAAGCAGACCAGAUUUGGGCUCGGGGUGAGCUGGUCCGCAUGGAGUGGAAUGACGCUUGUUUGUCGAAGGAAGUCGAAGAAACCAACAUCGAGGAGAAAAAGUUGAAGAAAGCGUUGAAGCAGGACCGGCUGGAUUCUCCCACGCGGCGAACGCGAGAAUCAAAGUGGAACCUCGUACCGCUGCGGACCCGCGUCCCCGAGCUUGCAGUGAGUGGUCUAAUCGGUCGCGGAUACGCGAUCUACCAAAUCGAGUCGAAGACGUGGUGGGGCCGGUUGAAGAAUGCAGUUCCUUUUUCUCGGGGUAGUGUGCCAGCUGCUAGCGCCGCAGCUGUUGCUCCGCCGCAGGUUGCGCCGGACAACAAUCCGAAACCCCAAGCGAAGCAAACCAAAAAACAAAAGAAAGCAGCUGCAGCAGGCGACAGUAAAUCUGCAGGCGCGAGUGCGCGCGCGGGCGCACAGGUGGGCGCGGGCGUGCGCGCGCACACGCACACGGGCGUGCAGGCGCACGCAGGUACAGGCGCGGGCGCGCAGGCAGGCGCGGGUGCACGUGCAGGCGCGGGCGCGCAGGUGGGCGCGCAGGCGGGCGCGCAGGCGCACGUGCACGCGGACCCGCACGUGCACGUGCACGCGCAGGCGGGUGCGCAGGCGCAUGUGCACGCGCGGGCGAGUGCGCGUGCGGACGCGGGCGCGCGCGCGCACGAGGCGGGUGCGAAAAUAGUCGGACAUGCUGGUGCGGAAUUGCAAGCGGAAGUAGUUUCGGAGAAUAAAAGUGGUGGCGACGGAAAAGUGAAGAAAACGCCAAACGGUGGCGUUUAUCGGGAUCGGUACUUCGGGGGGAAGACCAGAGAGGCGCUGGUGAAAAACAUGAUCGAGUACGAAAAGGGGUCGAGCGAGUCGUACAUCGCUCCGGCGGGUGAGGAUGUGCUAGUUGCUUCCACGACGCUAACGGCGUACCUGAAGGACAACAAGCUAUUUGCAAAAAAACAAAAACGCAAUGACAACAUCGAAAUGAAUUCCGACGACGAAAGUACCUACGAGUCGUCGGGAACCGACUCGGAUUUCGACGAGUCUGACAGUUCUGACGAAGACUAAAUGAUGGCAGGGUGAGACGCUGAAGGCAGUGCUAGCGCUGCGCUUCUGAUGUAAAACCCGCAUGCGCUAGUAGGUCGAGCACUGCUGCAGCGUAGUAGUAAAUUUUGUUUGAGCACUCACCUCCUUCUCUUUGUUUUGAAAUUAGUUUCAUUUUUCUACCUCGCGUUAAGAUCCAGCAUGAAGCGAAUCUGUCAUGCAAAAUAAACGAAAACCAAAAUUAAAGCGUGUACAUUUUUACUUAAUGUUGCUUGAAAUAGGUGGACAGAAGCUCCAUGCAAUAAGCUAUCCACCGAGCAAAAGACGAGAGCUUCUUAUUAUUUAUCAACGAGGCGCAACUAGGCGAAUUUGCAUCGCAAACCAAUAAAAUUAUGCACAAUAAAUCGCCGAACUCGAGAUGCAAAAGUUGACUGCAGUACUGCUAAUUGCAUCUGUUUUAUAUGUACGUGUAUGAUUUUUGGCUCUAGAGUUUUGAUCUUUUGAUAGUUUUAGAAUAGGAAAAAGCUAAAAAGUGCAUCGAGAUUUGUCAUGCUAGAGCUAGAAUCUUGAAACAAAAUUCCUACCUGUGCGAAGAUUUCUGGCGUCGUUUGGAGGUGUUUGAGCUCCGUUUCGCCGCUUUCUCGUCCUGCAGAUCGAGGCAGAUUCGUGUGUUCCAAAGGGCAAAAUAGAUGAGAUCGAGGCUGUCCAAGACUGCAGCGAACCGCUUCUGUUGUUGUUUUUUGAUGAAUGUGGGUCCUUUACCGAGCUGAAAACUGAUGACGUUCGACGCCAAUCGAAGGCGAUUUUGUAUGAUGAAACGACAACCAAAAAACAAUGAUUCAAAAACUAAAUUGUACGCAAAGGGAGGUCGAUCACUUCCAAAGGGACAGCCAACACAUCACGAAGUGGCCAGGAUCGCUUUGGAAGUGAAGGGCCUCCCUUUGCGUACAAUUUAAUUUUUGAAUCAUCAUUUUUGGGAUCGUUUUCCAACGUCCAACUUCGACUCAUUUUAAGUUGUAAAGCCAUCUCGUUUUGAUUUUUUUCAUUCUCAUUCACCACCAAAAAUAUCAUAGUAGGAGAAGAAAACCAGGUAGAAAAUAAGCUAAGACCAAGUAAGUUGCGACCUAUUUUCCAUCUCUGUCAACCGGAGUUUCGUGUAAAAAAAGUUGCGCAUCGACGUGCUUUUUGUGUAAAAAAAUACUUAUUUUCCAUUGAAUCCACCUCGAAAAUGCCGCUUCCGACCGCAGCGGAAGUGAGCGACUUUGUCUCGUUACUGGAUGCGGGAGAGGCUGGAAAGCCCGAGGCCGAGGCCUUUAUGGCUCGGCUCUCGAAGCUUCCGUUCGACAGCAAAAAUCCGAAAUCCGUCGAAAUUCCUCUGACCGAAGUGCACGUGUUGCGGAGCGGGCGCCACCCGCAAAACCGCGUUACAAACCCCGACAACCUGAAAACGUUGAAACACGCGAUGAAAAACAAGGGCAAAAAAGGAGGAUAUGAAGGAAUGAAAGUCGGUACGUGCAAAAUGUUUUUUCGUUUCACAUACAUUUUUCGUUCAAAAAUAUUAGCGCUCACUGUCAUCCUAUCGCGCAAAUGUCUCGUUCAAAACUAGAGCUGCGUUGAGAAUUUGUAUUGCGCGUUUUGUUUUCUUUGCAUCAUUUAGAUCGAUAGUCUCUAUGUCAGUCCUCAUGUAGAUGUACUUGCACAUGCACAGGAUAACUGAAACCACACCCGCACGCAAACAAGAAUAAAACUAAAACCCAAUCCUAAUACCAGUUCUCUUUGCUGUCGAUUACGGCAACACCGGAAAGUGCGAGUACGUGUGCGCCUUCCUGCACGGCGGACAUACGAUCCUCGCCCUGUACGAAGAGGGGUGGUUCGAUUUCGGGAUCAGUGUGAUUUUACUCGACCCGGAAGUGGACCAGUACGAGGCUACCAGAGAAACACGCGCUACUGCAAAAAAAAAUGGAAAUGCAGCAAGAUCAGGAGCACUUCCUUAUAGUUUGACUUCGUUAUCGUUUUGCACAAAAUCAAAAUUAAAACUUGUUAUGCAAAAAGUGAAAAGGAAAUCUGUAAUGCAAAAGAUUUGCCACGCAGAAAAUUUGUAAUGCAGAAAAAAUGAAACGCCAUGCAAAGCGUCUUGCUCUUGUGCCAUUUCUUUUUGCAGUAGCAGCUGUUUCAUUCCAUAGCAGAAUUAAUCUCGCAGUUCGUGCUCCUGAAAAACGACGAACCCGUCGGAGUGGCUCCGUCCUGGCUGGAAGUCAUCAAGCGCACCGCGCGGGUGCGUUUCCUUCUUUCAUUUUAGAUGAAGCUCUUAGUCGUUGCAGCUCCAACUCCAUUCGUUCCUGCGUCUCCAGCUUCAGCUCGAUCUUCAAAAGUUAUCCUUUCUGAUUUCCAUUCUGCAAUGCAAGUUGUAAUGCUCCUUCAUGUUUGAGUGUGGUUUUCGUUUUUCAUUUACUUUUUCGCGAUCUAAUUUUCGAAUGAAAAAAUGAAAAUCAAAAUAUCAGAACGACGAAGCCUAUGCGGAACACGAGGAAAACCAAAAAGCCAAGGGCAGAGAGCCCCGCCCCAUGGAGGAAUGGACCGAGGGCCAGGUGGGAAAAGAGUGGAAGGGGCAGGUGAAGACUUACAAGCAAACGGCGUGCGCAAUGGUGAAGAAGGGUUUGUUAUGCAUCGAAAGCGAAAAUAUAGCACCAGCAGGUGGGGACAAAAGCAAAACCAAAAGUGAAGGGCAUGUCUUUUUUUCAUCCGCAUGACACAAAAAUAAAAAAACCAAGAAAGCAGAUGCUUGUCAUACUGAGAAAUUUUUUGAUCUUGGUUGGAGCCUGUCAUGCAACUGCAACUGCUAGUGGUGCAAUAUUUUUGAAAAUGCAUGACCGUGCCACGAAUGGACCAUGUUCGGAAUCGCGAUCAGCACCCAAGUGCCGCGGCCGCGGGAGAAGGACGAGCACAUGACGCUGUUCAGCUUCGCGCACGUAUUUUUUUACUUCGUUAUCGUUUCAAAAUCAAAAAUCAAAUUCAAAAGCAAAAGUAGAGCUACGCUGUGGAUUAGCAUUACAAAAUGAAAACAUUUUUCAAAAAAUUUUUUCGCUCAGAGUCAGACUUUCGCCUCCCGAUCCGAAUCCAUUUCGAAAAAAAUAAAAACUAAAAACAGAACAAGCUGAUGCGCGUGGUCAUCUACGACGAAGAAACUCCGGUGCGGAGUUUGCGGCUCGAUAUGCACUUUGCGAUUUGGACCACAUUGACCUACGCUUGCGGGAAGCCGGAGGACCAGGUCAAUCUGCAGGAGGAUGAUUUGAAGCGGCUGCGGAGUCUGAUCACAUCCAACGUGUCGGCGUUGAAGUUUGACGACUUGAGCGAGCAGGCGAAGACGAAACGGGACCCCGCGGCGAUGGAACAACUGACUCCGAUCUCGCGGAAGGAAACCAGAAACAAAAUCAUCCAGUUGUUCCGCGCAAUGAAGACGUUGAAAAACUUCUACGGUAGUUUGAAGUCUUUGACUUUGGGAUGGACAAGGCCGAUCCGAAAUCGUACGAGUUGAAGUACAACGGAAACUGGAUCAUCCCGCGGGACUACACCAAAACGCAGCAAGAAGUUGCGGACGAAAAGUUUCUGCUGAACGAGUUGCCGAAGCUGAUGACCCAGAUCCACAUGUUCACCGCCAACCGCUGCUCCGCGUUGACCCUCGCCGUGUGUCUGGCGGACAAGGAUUUCGACGAAACGCCCAGCCUCGCGAAGUUCAUGUACGUCUGCGACCGCGAGGAGAACAGCUACUACGUCGAGAAGCUGACCGGUGCGGAACCGAAAGACGCGAAGGACCGGAUCCAGAAAGCCGUGGACCAGGACCUGCUCUUGUUGCCGCUGUACGCGAAGCAUGACUGCUACGCUUUGGACGAAACCGUGGAUGUGCGAUCCAACUGGGGGUCGAAGCCCGGUAAGAAGACUUCCAACAAAAAGGGAAAGAAGGACGCGGAAGCGGAGGUGAAAGUGCAGGUACUACUCCUAACUUAGUUGUUUUCUUUUCAGUUCGAAUCUGACGGAACAUAUUUAGUUUUUCACUUUUUUGCUCGCAUAGCAAAAUGCUUCUUGAUUUGAAAAUGAAAAUGAGUUCACGUGUGCGCGCGCGCACGUGCGCGUGCGUGCACGUGGGUGCGCGUGCACAUGCGUGCGUGCGUACACGUGCGCGCGCGCCCACCUGCGUGCGUGCGUACACACGCAUGCAUGCGCGCGCGCGCCCACGUGCGCGUGCAUGUGUGCGCGCGCACGUGUGCACACGCGCGUACAUGCGUGCGCGCGCACACAUGCACACGUGCGUGUGCACGCGCGCCCGUGCGUGCACGCGCGCGUGCGUGUGCGCGCCCGUGUAUGCGCGCGCACGUGCGCAUGCGCGUGUUGGUGUUCGUUUUCAUUUUCAAGUCACAAAGAACUGCGCUAUGCGAAAAAGAAAAAGUGAAAACCAGAAUUGUUCUGCUUUUGUCUGACUCGUUAAUAGUUUUUUAGUUUUAGUUUUACUUUUACACACAUUUUUAUUUGCAAACUUGUGAUGCAAAAAAACAGAACUGAACUUACGACGUUGCCAUGUGACUACGCAUGACAAACAUCGAAAAAAAAACCAGGUCAAAGAAGGCCAGGGUGCCGAAGAGGAGGAAACCGAGGAUCAGAAAAAGUCCCGCGAAAAACGUGAGAACGUGCUGAAGAGCGAUCCGAAGAAGGCCAGCCAGGAGUUCUUGAAGCAGAAGCCCUUCCGAUCCCCGCUGUGGUGCUCCGCCGUGCCCAGUGAGUUCGCGUCGCAGACGGAGGGGGAGAUGCAGAGGAACGCCGAACGUGUCCCCCGCCUGCGUAUCCUCGUGAAACCCGACGCAAACAUGUACAAACCCCCGACCAACGACGGAGAGGAGUUUCAGCUGGACACGCUGUUUUACUAUCCCCAGAAGAAGAAGCUCGGCGGUGACUGGGACUUUCAGGACGACCUCACCCACACGUUGUCGCUCUCGUAAGAUUUGACUUUUUGAAAAAAAUUGACAUUGACUUUUUUCACAGCAUCACAAACGCAUAAAAAGCACAAACAGAUCUGAAAUGGCACCGCGUGACAGAUGCAACAUGACACCAACACUCUUUUCAAUCCAUUUCGAUGCGAGCACUAUUAGCAUCUUCAUUGCCGCUCCACCGCAUGACAAACGAGAAUCACAAACAAUGCAUCACAGCAGGCGCGUGAACUAUUUUUGGAAACCGGCCGACAACAAUAAAGUCGACCGGUUGACCAUGAUCUCGUGGAAGACCUGCGAAGUCCCCUUCUGGGGAAAGGAUGGGAAGAAGACGUCGAUUAAGUUUCAAGUCCCGGUGGAGGCGUCGGUGAAAAGCAGUGGAAACCCAAAGAAGGCGAAGCAGAGCAACAUCUUGUGCUGAACCCCAAGAGACUACGGGUAUGGAGUCGGAGACGGACGGAUACGAAAAUCAAAAUUAAUAAACAGGUAAGCGCGCCUACUCAUACACCUACCUCUACUUUAGAUUUAGUUUAAGUCUUUGGCUUCUUGUUCUUUUAGUUUUAGAAACCACGCGAAGCUUUGAAACAUCUUGCGCGCGACUUCUCGUCGCGUUCAAAAAUUUUUGGUUUUGUAGCGGCUUCUUUUCGGUCGUGAAGUAGACACUUAGACUCAAGCCCCGUUGUUAGUCAAAUCCCAAUCCCAAAAGCAGCACCUACUCCCACUGACUCCCAGUCCCACACCAUCACAAAUUGAAAAAAAUACGCAGGUAGUCGCAACAGCACUACGGCCAUGAAGGUACACAGCAACGGUCUUGCUCUUCGUGGUUUCAAGACUCUUCUUCUCGACAUGAGCAUCAAGAAAAGCUACCACAAAAACGAACUGCUCUUCCACGACGAAUGCAAGUGAUCGACUAUUUUUCCUACCUGCUGCGGCUGCGCGGUGUUGGUCAAGUUCUUCUUUUUGGAAGCAAAGGCGCGGAGGGGCGAUGGCGGUUGAUCGGUGGGAAAUGCCACGCAACCUAGGAGGAGAAGUUUCCAACUUUCACAAAGCUGCAGCCUACCGGUUUACUUUCGAUCUAGAUCUAGAAGCAAAAAAAAACAUGAAGUUCUUUUGUCUUGCACAGUGACAAUUCAGAUUGCGUUUCGAUUUUUUACGUUCGCGUUAGAUUUCAGUUUAAAGCUUGAAUCUCAGGAAGCAAAGCCUUCAAAGUAAAAACUACUUACGACUGGUCGAGCCCCAGAUCGCCGACCUAGAUUGUGACUUACGUUUACGCUUACCGCUACUGUCAGUGUAGCUCGACUUCAUCAUUAGUUUUAACUUUUAAGUUUGUGUCUGUCACCGACUCAGUAAUAGUCUUCAGCUACAGUUUAAAUUUCAAAAUCUAAAUCAUCAUCCUCAUCAACAAACAGCUUGUUUGUCAGCAGCGGCAUGCUUGGCCUUUUGGUCAAAGCGUGGCCGUGUGCUUUUUCGCUUUAUUGAAAAAACAAAAAACAAAGCUACAACCUAAUCUUCGUUUCCACCUCCGGGUGUAGUCAUGCGACGGCUGCUACUUGCCAAUCAUCAGGCCCUCGGGUCGUACUAGUACAAGUACUAGAUCUAGAACUAAUUCUAAGACAGGCAAAACCAAAAUUAAAAUUUUCAGGAAGGCGCUAAUUUUACCCCAAGCGGAAGAGGAAAGGUUGAACAAAAUCAAAAAGCGAGCGCGAGAAAGAAAUCCGCUGCACCUCUUCCAGUAUCUUCCACUACUAGAACUAGGAGUUUCGAACUCGAUGCAACUUGUCGACUUUCGCUUUCAUUCUUUGCGACGGCAAGAUUGAAGUAGAGGCGCAUCUUCACCAAUUGCGAUGCGGAUGCUUUUUUCUUCGACGAGGUGGAGGCUCGAAGAUUUUGACUAUGAGACUCUCCUUCUCAACCUUUAAAUUUUGAAUGUCGACCUGUACCUGUAGACUCUCGAAACCGAAAAAACAAGAGCCAAAAAAUGGGCCGCGUUCUCACGAUGCAAUGAGAACGACGCGAAGAUGUUCGCGCUCGUGAUCGCCUGGCAGUUUCUGAAAAAAGCUGAAACUUAGAGGGAGAUGGAUGGAUGAAGAAUGUGAAAUCGCAAAGGAGAUCAGACCGUGUCUAGAUCCAAAAAAAAGAAAGCCGAAGUUCCGCCAAAGACUGGAAGUUGAUCGCCUGGAUCCAAAGCAGGCGACCGCUCAGCUCCGAGGGGUCUAGAAGAUCAAGCGAAAAAAAAAAAACGUGGAUCGCCUGCUUCCACCUACAAGCUUGGAGUUUUUGGAUCUCCUUGCACUGUGCGUUUUGAAUUUUUCCUCAUAGUUUUUUCUUUUUCAUUUCAAACUGUCAGGGACCAAUGUACUUCUACUUGUGCCUGUAGGUCGUUAUCGCUUUCGUCUGAGUUUACUCUAGCUUCUCGCUUCCCUCCACAGCAAAGAAAGUAGUUGCCCUUCCGUCUGAGUUUACUUUUUUUCUUUUCCCUCGAACCUGAUCUCGGGUAGCGUAACUUCGAUUCCGAUCUCUACGUUUACUUUCUUUUUUUGCAAAAGCAAAAAAACAACAUCAAAAUGUCGGACCAGAAAGCGAAGCUGGUGAAGCUGGGCCCGAAGUGUGCCGUCGAUGAUGACGAGGAUGGUCCGCCGCCGGGAGGGGUGCGAUUUAGAACCAUACACGGGGCAACACGGGCGGAAGUGGAAGAAUUACACAAAGACGAAAUCAACAAAUGGGUCCCCGCGAAGAACGGACACAUGAAGUGCAUUAUGUUCUUGGAUGAUGUUGACGAAGAUGUCCCCGGAUGCACCCAGGCGGAGAUGUGGGUACUAAUGCUGGCGCUUUUGUUUUUUUGUUUUGCAUUGAGAGGGAUUUUGCGUUUUCGAGUCGAAGUCUAAAUUUCAAACCUAGCAGUGGGAUCAAACCGACAAGGAGGAGAACUUCGUGGACAACCUUUUUGGGAUGUUACGGGGCCAGACCAAGCGGAGAACCGGGCCAGAACAAGUGGAAGUGGAUGCGUCCGAGAUGACGAAACAGGAGCAGCCGGAAAUCAUCAACCUGAUUUUCAACAUGGCGGAAUCUGAUGAUAACGCGGCCUGGGCGAAGGCUUUUUUGGUGGACGAGGCGACCGGUGGUGCUUACGGAUCAGCUUCUUCUUCUUCUUCGACUGGUUCCGGAAUUACUCCUGGUGGAGCUUCUUCUUCUUCGCGCCCGAACAACGAACAGAUGGAAGAAAAGACGAACGACGACGAUGCGAGCGAGGAGAUGGAGGUGGAGGCGGAGAGCACCCCGACCACCAAGGCCGGGAAAAAGAAGAAGAAGCAAAAGACCAAGAAGUAGACAUCUUUCACCUGUUCAGCGCGUCGAGCUCGAACGGAAAAGCGUCGGAAUCGGCACAACAAGUGCUUCUUCUACAUCUUCAGCUUCUAACUCUACUGCUAAAACAAGAAGCUCAGACUUUUGAUGACGCGAAUGGCAACGAGAAACAAGCACAAGUAGAUGAAAAAAAAACGACAACGAAAUGCAGCCGGAGCUGUGAAAUUUUUUAUGGGUGUGUUCGGCGCUCCCUUCGGUGUCUUUCUCCUUCGUUGAUGGGUGUCAUUGGUCUGACGAUGGUUCAUCGCGUCCUACGACAUUGCCCCGACCACUCUGACCUUCCACUGAAGCCGGCGCAAAAAUGGAAUGCAACAGUCGUCAGGACCGACGUCGUUAUAUAAAUUCAGGGGCGUGGGCAUCCUUCUAAACACCCACUUUUCGCAUGCCAAAGCUCAACAUCAAGAUCAAAAUCGUAUUGAGAAAAAGUGGCAAAUCGGUUCAAAAAAAAUAGAAGUGAAGACGUUCACGAACAAAGAUAAUCAUGCCAAUUUUCAUAGUUAUAAAAAUUGAUAGUAUUUCAAAGGGUAGUGGUUCACUUAUAAAAUGAGGAAAGCUGAAGGUUUGUCCCACCAUACAAUUUGACCUAUUCCAGUAGGACAUUCGUACAAAUUUAAAUUAUGUGUGUGUGUGUGUGUGUGUGUGUGGUCGUCGAUGCGCAUAUUCCAAUAACCGCCAGCGUGCUGUAUAAUGUUAUGCUCGACGCUAGUACGGAGGAUCGAUGCUUAAACCAAAAUUUCACUGGCUGCGCCCAUCACGCACGACUGCACUUUUCAAAGCACCACUGGACUCAUCUUCCUCACAAGGUAUUGGACGGAACUUCGCGCAUUGUUUGCGAAUGAACAUCGGCGAGGUGGAGAUGCGACCGCACACCGAUCCGGACACCGGUUUGCUGAAUCCGCAGUGGCGGGAACUGGGCCAUUUCGAGAUGCACGCUUUGUCCCCCCUUCCGAAAAACGUCGACGACGAGCUGUAUCUGAUCUACCAGUUGGCGGGUACCCCCGUGGUCGACUACCUCCGCCAGCAAACGUACCAGAGCAAUAGCAGCGGGCUCGGGUUGGUGCGCGAGCCGGAGAUCUAUGCAUUGGAAAUUUUCCGUAUGUGUACAAAAUGCAUGACAAAUUUCCCUAACAUGGAGUGUCCAACUUGUCAUGCUGAGGACCAAGAUUGAAGAGAAGGAAAGUUUUGUCAUACAUAGCAUUUGUACGUCGUGUACGGGAAAUUUACUGUGGAUAAGACCAUCCCGAUGAUGCUGCAACAGCUGGUCUUCGCGGUAUCGUUCCUUCGCGAGGAGGUAAAAGCGGUGCAUCAUGACUUGAAAGCCGAAAACGUUCUGUGGGACGAUAUGCAUUGCAAAAGCAUCGCACUAGUUUGAUUUGCAUGACAAACCUUUGGGAGAACGAAAACGGAAUUUCUCAUGCAGAUUCAAUUAAGAGCCUGGUGAUCUGUCAUGCAAGAUUGCGAGUACUACAAGUGCAAUACUUUUGCCCAGGAUAGAAAAGACCGAGAAGCGAAUCGUCCUGAUCGACUUCGGCUCCAUGUCCGCACUUCUGUCCGAGGACGAAGUCCGCGAACACCAGCAAGCCUGCUCGAUCCGCAUGGUGCCGCGCACCGCGGAGGACGACGCGUUGGACGAGGAUUUGAUGAACGCCGGGGGCUUUGGCGACGGGGGGAUCAUGUCCAGUUGCGAUUGCUGCACAUCAACCAGCGGAGUUGGUGGUGCUUCUUCUAAACGCGAAGGACAGCAUGGAUUUCGCAACAUGGAGAUGGACCUCGACGAGGUGCGGUCCAUCAGCUACCAGCAACAGCAAGAACAGUCCUCCCUCUUCUGCUGCCCCACGACCGGCAGCUCUUGCUGCGGCCCCUCGGCGAAAGAUAGGUUUAUCAUCGAUGGGCAGGAUGUGGGGAGAACACACAAGUCGGCCAUGGUUGUGAGGGACCACGGACGGCGGCUCGAUCGAACCGACGGCGACAGAAAACGGCAAAUUAUCCGUGGCCUCGGGCACACCCCGCACUCGAUUCAGCAGUGGACCCCCGGAUUCGCGCCGAUAGAAAAGGAGGAAGGAACCAGUUUGCAGGCGAUGCAGACCGCGAGCUCCGUGGACAUUUUCGCGUUGGCGACACUGAUGGGGCAAAUUUUACUGGACGGAACGAACCUGAUCAUGGCACACUACAUGCAAUUCGACGGGUUGACCAGGAGCGCGACGGCAAGGUUAGCUGCUGGCGGGGAGAACGCGCCUGCCCGAUCCUCUACCUCCGCGUCUACUUUUUCCGGCGCGCGGGUGACGCCACAGGGUCAGCCGGUACAACGGGGCCAGCCACGCGAACUUAUCAUUCAGGACCAACAGCAGCAGCCGGAGGUGCAAGUCAUCAACUUGACACCCUGCUGCCCGAAAGACAGCCAAGGAUUUUGCAGUCCAUUGUGCUGCAUGACGCCAACCAUGACGAUCGACUGCACGGAGUGCUGUGGAAUGUCUGCAGAGAAGCAGCUCGAGCUGUACGGAAACGGCAACAAACCGGUGGGGUCGCGGUUCCUGGCGGACGGACACAAGACCAAAAAACCGUACAAAAUCUUCUGGGCCGAACUGUUCGAAGAUAUCGCGGACUCGGAUAUAGGUCUCAAGAAGCUGUACAUCACGCCGCGCGUGAAGACUCGACAGGGCGCCGGUCCGCACAUCCCGCCGGGAAAAAGCAACGCCGUACUGCAGGCAUUGGUGGGGACGCUGCCGUCACAGUGGACGGAUGCCUUCUUCAUCUUUUGGCCGCGGUUGUUUUUGAGUCACGAAACGCGCGUGAACGCGUUCACGAUCAUGGCGAUGUCGGUCUUCCAGGAGAUCGAUCCAAAUACCGGACGCUGGCGAGCAGUAGCACAGGGCGCCGCGGGAAGUUCUUCAACACCCGCCGGUGGUGCUGCUGCUGGGCAGUUGUUCACAAAAGUUGUUGGGGACCGACGCAGCGGCCCCAUGGGCGGUGCAAGUGGACCUGUGCAGCAGGGUUUUCUCGGCGCAGCGGCCGCGGCUGGUGGAAUGAACAGUCGUGGCGCUGUUCAGGUACAAGAAAUCGAUCCGCGGGACCCGAACCGCGGGGCGAAGUACCAGCAAUUUAUCAUGACCAUGGAAAACGAUCCCAAUGGUCCCGUAGGAAACUGCAACUGGCUAACGCGCUUGCUCUACAGCUGUUGUUACUCAACCGAAGCAACAGGAAACACGCAGGUGCAGUGGCAACAGAAUCAGUGAAGGUGGGGAAAGAGAUACCGAUACCAUCUGAGAGGUGGAGGUGGUGGGCGGCUAGGAUGGAAUAAAGACCAAGCUACAGCUAGCUCCUCCUACUUAAUGAAUAUGUAUUUCAACGACCAAUUUUUGUAUUCAUGUUCUUACUUGUUUUGGUCUACCAAAUAAAUGUUGAAGAAGUCUGGUUUAUUUUCAGUCUGCAAUCUGAAUCAGUUGUUUCUCUUUCUGACGUUCACGUUGCGUCUGGUGACUUGUUUUUCACGACCUGGCGACGUUUCUCUUGAGAAAAUAUAUGCACCGUGCGCAGUGCAUGUGCAGUGUCAAUGAGAGCGGAGCGCGCAGAAAUUUUCCUAAUGAUUAGUGUGUGUUUUUACACUCGCCAAACUUCCUACUUGCUAUAGUCUUUUCUUUUUGCGAAAACUCAAACCUAUGCCGGUGAACGAGAAUAAAGUUGUCUGUGUUGAAGUUGUCUAGAGGUAAAAAGAAGAAAUUGAAAUUGGCCUAGUUGACGAGGUCCCCUACCGCACAUGAACAAAGUAGUUUCGGCUUUUCGGUC